AUGUCUACCCUCGACUCCACCAUCCGCCCAACAGCCUACGGCUCCGACACUGAGAGCGACGGACAAGCCUCCGGUGGCCGUAAGGUGUCUUCCACUUCCAAGGUUGGCCCUGUCCCAUCCUCAGCCACACUCAACCGACCGGCCGGCAACAUCAUCAAGGGACCAGUGGACGACAACGGCAAGCCCAAGGAUGCGGCGUUGCUCCUGGGUAUCAAGCUAGAUUUGGAGGCAGAGAUUCACUUGACGGCAAGGAUUCGUGGAGAUAUUACGAUUGGAUUGUACUGA